UUGGGUCGGGGCCUCAGCACUACAGUGGCAGCCUAGUUCAACAAACAGGACAAUGAUACUGACUUCAGUGCUGGGCAGCGGCCCUCGGAGCGGGCCUUCACUUUGGCCCCUCUUGGGGUCUUCCCUGUUACUCCGGGCUCGCUCAACAUCAGCCACCGAUACACACCAUGUAGAGCUGGCCAGGGAACGCUCCAAGACUGUCACUUCCUUUUACAACCAGUCAGCCAUCGACGUGGCGGCAGAGAAGCCCUCCGUCCGCCUCACCCCCACCAUGAUGCUCUAUUCUGGCCGCUCGCAGGAUGGCAGUCACCUUCUGAAAAGCGGCCGCUACUUGCAGCAAGAGUUACCAGUGAGGAUUGCUCACCGCAUCAAGGGCUUCCGUAGCCUUCCUUUCAUCAUCGGUUGCAACCCAACCAUACUGCACGUGCAUGAGCUAUACAUCCGGGCCUUCCAGAAGCUGACAGACUUCCCUCCGAUCAAGGACCAGGCAGAUGAGGCCCAGUAUUGCCAGCUGGUACGACAGCUGCUAGAUGACCACAAGGACGUGGUGACCCUGUUGGCUGAGGGUCUUCGUGAGAGCCGGAAACACAUAGAGGAUGAAAAGUUGGUCCGGUACUUCUUGGACAAGACACUGACGUCAAGACUUGGGAUUCGCAUGCUGGCUACUCACCACUUGGCCCUACAUGAAGACAAGCCUGAUUUUGUUGGCAUCAUCUGCACUCGUCUGUCACCAAAGAAGAUUAUUGAAAAGUGGGUGGAUUUUGCCAGACGCCUGUGUGAGCACAAGUAUGGCAACGCCCCCCGAGUCCGCAUCAAUGGACACGUGGCCGCCCGCUUCCCCUUCAUCCCCAUGCCGCUGGACUACAUCCUGCCCGAGCUGCUCAAGAAUGCCAUGAGAGCCACCAUGGAGAGUCACCUAGACACUCCCUACAAUGUUCCAGAUGUGGUCAUCACCAUCGCCAAUAAUGAUAUUGACCUCAUCAUCAGGAUUUCAGACCGGGGCGGAGGGAUUGCUCACAAAGACCUGGAUCGGGUCAUGGACUACCAUUUCACCACAGCUGAGGCCAGCACCCAGGACCCCAGAAUCAGCCCCCUCUUUGGCCACCUGGAUAUGCACAGUGGCAGCCAGUCAGGACCUAUGCAUGGCUUUGGCUUCGGGUUGCCCACAUCCAGGGCCUAUGCGGAGUAUCUCGGUGGCUCCCUGCAGCUGCAGUCCCUGCAGGGCAUUGGCACCGAUGUCUAUCUGCGGCUCCGCCACAUUGACGGCCGGGAGGAAAGCUUCAGGAUUUGACGGUGGAUUUUGGCCUGUUAACCAACCACACUCCUCGUAGGACCUUCUGGGCCUGGCAGGGAGCCCGCUAGACUCCCCACACUGCUGCUUCGUGGAGCUUAGGGCCUCAGACAGGUGGACAUACAUGGAGCUGGCCACCAAGUCUCGGAGGGAGAGGGCAGGGACCUCUGAGGCCUCUAGUACCAUGCUCACUCUCCAGGAGCCUUUCUUUGACCUGCUGUUCAUUAAAGUUUGCAUUUUGAAUGCCCUCUUGGGCCCCAAA